CCUCUCUCUUGCGUGGGGAUGACGAUGGAGGGAGGAUGAACGUGGGGGAGGAGGGUGGGUUGGGGGGGACAAAAACAACCAGCCAUCACGUUUGAAGUAGAAGACGAACUUCAAGGGAAAGAGACUUUGUAAGGAUUAUUUCACCCCCCCCCCCUCUGAAACUUAUUCGGGACUGCUUGGGCGUCCUCCUCGCCGAUGGGGGCCGCGCCGGGCUCCGGCUGGGAGGAGGGCGAGUUUGAGUUCAAGUUGGUGUUCGAGGAGGAUCCUCCGCGGCCGGGCCGGGGGACGUCGCCGGCAUCCAUGCCGGAGAAGAGCGCCGUCGGCCGGGAGCGAAGCGAGGCGGAGUCCGCUGACAGCAGCGGUGGAGGUGGAGGUGGAGGUGGAGGUGGAGGUGGUCCAGGGACAGACAGCCACCUCGCUGCCACUCAUGCGGGCCAUUCCAUCCGCAUCCCCAGCCCCCCGCCUUCUGCCAAUCAGAGGGCUGGGAUGCAUUCCCCGCCUCCCCGGAGAGCGACAGUCAAGGAGUUCAGCGGAACCUACGAGAGCCUGCCGGCACGCUCUGUUCAGGUUUCAGAGUCCCGCGUGGUGGAGUGUCCCAGCAUCCAGAUAACCACCAUCUCCCCCGAGGACGAUCCGGCACCCUCCAACUCCUGGGACAUGGAUGGCGGUGGCAGGUGGGACAGGGAGCGCCUCUACCUCCCCCUGCUGGACCCUUUCACCUACCGAGACAAAUGCCCCGGCUCGCUCAGCCCCAGCCCCGCCUCCAGCCUCUCCUCCCGCGGCUGGCUCAGCCCAGCAUCCAGCUGUGACUCCCUGCUGACGGAGGAGGAGGAGCUUAACGAGGCCGCGCUCCAUUUCGGCCUUUCGCCCUCUUCCAGGCCCACUUCCCCGAGCGGUAAGAAGCGCAGGAACUCGCCCCUGGCCUCCCCAUGCUCCUCCCGCAGGGCCAGUUAUUCCGAGGAGCUGCACGGCGGCAUCCUGGAGGGCGCAGACUUAAGCCUAACGUCACAAGCUCCGCCCAACAUCUGUGAGCUAAGCAUCCCGCAGAAAACCAGGAAGACGUCAAUGGAGCAGUUGUCUCCAAGGGAGGUGGAUCGGGAGCAAACCCCAGGUCCCAGCCCCUCCUGUCCGCUUCCAGAAACCCUGCAGACCAGGAGAGAGCCCCCUACGAUGGGUAUGGACUACCUUUCGGUGCCCCCCGCUUUGGCUUGGGGUCGAACACGGGCCAGCGCUCACAGUCCUCUAUUCAGGUCCAACGCCAUGCCGCCACUCGACUGGCCCCUCCCCUCCCAGUUUGACCAGUACGAGCUGCGCAUUGAGGUGCAACCCCGUCCGUACCACCGGGCACACUACGAGACUGAGGGCAGCCGGGGAGCUGUCAAGGCCAUUCCAACGGGACAUCCUGUCAUCAAGCUGAGUGGAUACACCGAGAGGAAACCGCUUUCCCUGCAGGUUUUUGUCGGAACAGCAGAUGAUCGAUCCAUCAGGCCACACCCUUUCUAUCAGAUACACAGGGUGACCGGGAAAAUGGUGGGCACUGCAAGUCACGAGAGCAUCCAGGCGGGCACCAAACUGCUGGACAUCCCUCUUAAUCCGGAGAACCACAUGGCCGCACUCAUCGACUGCGCCGGGAUUCUCAAACUGAGGAACUCGGACAUCGAGCUAAGAAAAGGCGAAACGGACGUCGGGAGGAAGAACACGCGCGUCCGCUUGGUGUUCCGCACGCAUCUACCUUUGGCCCCCCCAGUUUCCCCCCCUGGUCGCAUCCUAGCUCUGCAGGUGGCCUCGCUACCCAUCGAAUGCUCCCAGCGGUCAGCGCAGGAGUUGCCCGUCAUCGAGUCGGUCAGCCUCACUUCCUGUUCCGUGGAGGGUGGUGAGGAUCUGUUGCUGAGCGGAACUAACUUCAUGCCCAUCUCCAGGGUUGUUUUCAUGGACAGAUCCACUGAUGGCAAACUUCAUUGGGAGCAGGAGGCCCCCGUGGACCGAGACAACAGCAACGAGUGUUUGCUGUGUGUGAGGGUCCCUCCCUACUGCGACCUGUCCGUCAGUCGCCCAGUGUCGGUCAAUCUUUACGUGUCCAACGGGAAGAGGAAACGGAGCAGCAGUCAUUGCUUCAAAUAUCUCCCUAUCAUGUUCAAGGAGGAGGAGGAGCCCCUGUUGUCCCUGCCCCAAGACAGAGGUCAGUCCAGAAUGAACAGCGAUCAACGCGUGAGGGCUGACCCCAUGUUGGAUGAGCAGACGAGCCUUGGCUUCCACCUGCCCCCCUACUCCUCCCCUCCAUGCACAAGCCUGGCCUACCAGGAGGAGUAUGGCGCCGAAGUGGCGGCGGAUGAGCCCGGUGUGUCGGGCCCCCCCAUGUCCGAGCAUCACGAUGGCUUUGAGAACCUAGAGUUGGGUUUUACCGAGCUCCUCCCGCCUCUUUACCUCCGUGGUCCUCAACCUCCGUCACCUUCCCCCUGGUUGGACUCCCCCUACCUGUCCUCCUCCCCCUCACCCUCCCAUUCCACCUCUCUUAGCCCAUUCCCAGCCGGGAGCCCCAUCUCCACGUCCCCUCUGCCUCCGUUUCCCACUCCCCCGUACCCGCAGUACUCCAUUUACCCUCCCUCCUCUCCUGCCCACAUGAACCCAUACCAGGACAUAGUUUCGGCACCCUAUUCUAAUUACGAGAGCUGGGACCCCCCUGGGAGUGCGCAGGGCAUGGGUCACGGGGACGAGAGGGAUGCCAAGAUUCAAGGAUGUCCUCUGGAGUCCGGUGGCUCCACCCCCAUGCACCCCAUCACUUUUGAGGAAGUGACAGAGUACAUCGGGCAGGACCUGCAGUCUUACCAGGCCGCAUCCCACAUGGACCACAAGCAGCCACACUGAUCACCACUUAGCAUCAUUCCUAUUACAAUGCACUUGUCCUAUAGCACAACUUCCUGCUCCACUUUCGGUCUAUUUGUAUCUUCCAUUAGCAGGACACUGUUUUGAUGUGAUUUUGGCCAUCGGUACAAAUAUGCCUUUAUUUAGUUUUUCUAUAAAGCGAAACAAACGUUUUUUUUUUGCAUUAUAAAUUAUAAAACAAAGCCGAUUCCUGCCUAGUUUUUAUUUACACAAAAAACAACAUUUAAUGCAAAUAGAGCACAAAACUGCACAAACUUGUGCUUAGGGGCAUUUAAGUGCAUGUUAGAGAUGUCUGAUAAUAUCGGGCUGCCGAUGUCGGCCGAUAAAUGCUUUAAAAUGUAAUAUCGGAAAUUAUCGGUAUCGGUUUCAAAAAGUAAAAUGUAUGACUUUUUAAAACACCGCUGUGUACACGGACGUAGGGAGAAGUACAGAGCGCCAAUAGACCUUAAAAGGCACGGCCUUUGCGUGCCGGCCCAAUCACAUAAUAUCUACGGCUUUUCACACACAUAAGUGAAUGCAAGUCAUACUUAGUCAACAGCCAUACAGGUCACACUGAGGGUGACCGUAUAAACAACUUUAACACUGUUACAAAUGUGCGCCACACUGUGAACCCACACCAAACAAGAAUGACAAACACAUUUCGGGAGAACAUCCGCACCGUAACACGACAUAAACGCAGCAGAACAAAUACCCGGAACCCCUUGCAGCACUAACUCUUCCGGGACGCUACAAUAUACAUAUAUACACUUAUAUAUAUAUACACACACUACCGUUCCAAAGUUUGGGGUCACAUUGAAAUGUCCUUAUUUUUGAAGGAAAAGCACUGUACUUUUCAAUGACGAUAACUUUAAACUAGUCUUAACUUUAAAGAAAUACACUCUAUACAUUGCUAAUGUGGUAAAUGACUAUUCUAGCUGCAAAUGUCUGGUUUUUGGUGCAAUAUCUACAUAGGUGUAUAGAGGCCCAUUUCCAGUAACUAUCACUCCAGUGUUCUAAUGGUACAAUGUGUUUGCUCAUUGGCUCAGAAGGCUAAUUGAUGAUUAGAAAACCAUUGUGCAAUCACGUUCACACAUCUGAAAGCAGUUUAGCUCGUUACAGAAGCUACAAAACUGACCUUCCUUUGAGCAGAUUGAGUUUCUGGAGCAUCACAUUUGUGGGGUCAAUCAAACGCUCAAAAUGGCCAGAAAAAGAGAACUUUCAUCUGAAACUCGACAGUCUAUUCUUGUUCUUCGAAAUGAAGGCUAUUCCACAAAAUUGAACGGUAGUGUAUAUAUAUAACUUGAGUUGAUUAAUUUUGGAAAACCUUGUUACAUUGUUUAAUGCAUCCAGCGGGGCAUCAAAACAAAAUUAGGCAUAAUAAUGUGUUAAUUCCACGACUGUAUGUAUCGUAUCAGUUGAUAUCGGAAUCGGUAAUUAAGAGUUGGACAAUAUCGGACAUCUCUAGUGCAUAUAGAUACAAAAAUGUAUUAUAUUCAGGCCUGGACUGGGAACCCCAUGCAGAACUUUCAAUAGUUUGUGUUGAUAGAACCACAAUUUCUAGCACUUAAAAAAACCUAGCAUUAGACGAGUUGUAUAAGGUCUUUAUUUGAAGAUGUCAAGAUCACUUUAUCGCUCUGUAUGAUCAAAGCCAUUUUUUAAUGACUAUGCUAGUUUAACCCUUGUGUGGUGUUCGGGUCUGUAGGACCCGUUGUCAUUUUUUUAUUAAAAGAAAAAUUAUACAAUUAAUUUUU